AUGCCAAAAUUAGUUUUAGUUAGACACGGUCAAUCCGAAUGGAAUGAAAAAAAUUUAUUCACCGGUUGGGUUGAUGUUAGAUUAUCUGCUGUUGGUGAAAAGGAAGCCCACAGAGCUGGUGAAUUAAUUAAAGAAGCUGGUAUCCAAGCCGAUAUCUUAUAUACUUCCAAAUUAUCAAGAGCCAUCCAAACUGCCAACAUUGCUUUAAGUUCUGCUGAUCAAUUAUAUAUCCCAGUUAAAAGAUCUUGGAGAUUAAAUGAAAGACAUUAUGGUGCUUUACAAGGUAAAGAUAAAGCUCAAACUUUAGAAGAAUAUGGUAAAGAACAAUUCCAAACCUGGAGAAGAUCUUUUGAUGUCCCACCUCCAGUUUUAGAUGAUGCUUCGGAAUUCUCUCAAACUGGUGAUAUUAGAUAUGGUGAUAUUGAUCCUGCUGUUAUUCCAAAAACUGAAUCUUUAGCUUUAGUUAUCGAUAGAUUAUUACCAUACUGGCAAGAUGAAAUCGCCGCUGAUUUAUUAGAAGGUAAAACUGUUUUAGUUGCUGCUCAUGGUAACUCUUUAAGAGCUUUAGUUAAACAUUUAGAUAAAAUUUCUGAUGAUGAUAUUGCUGGUUUAAACAUCCCAACUGGUAUCCCAUUAGUCUAUGAAUUAGAUGCUGCUUUAAAACCAAUCAAACCAGCUUACUACUUAGAUCCAGAAGCUGCUGCUGCCGGUGCUGCUGCUGUUGCUGCUCAAGGUUCAAAGAAAUAG